GCGGGCAGCGCUGCUGCGUCGCGAGGGACCGGUGCGGGGAAGAGAGGUGGCCAGGGGAGGCGUGCUGAGGGGAGACGCGGGGACAGAAUGCUUUGAACAGGAGAAACCUGGCGCAACCCAUUUUCCAUAUGAGGAAGCUGAGGUACAGAGACACGAAGUGUUAGUGACGGACGCAGGCCACAACAGAAGAAUACGCCUGUGAGCCAGUAGAAGACCUGAGAUACUUAUUCAAAAACCAAGCACCACUAACAGAUGAGUAAAGGGUGAUGUGGUAGGCUGGACUUCUGUUUGCUUACUUUGUUAUAUUUUUGCUCACAUCUUGCCGGUUUGCUCAACCACCCCCACUGAAAAAGCAACUCUUUUGUCCCUCCUGGGUCUAGAAGACCAGAACCAAUGACAGAGUGGAAAAUGUGGGUACUUCUCUUGGCCCUUCUCCUAAAGAGGGGCUGGGGAGAAAAUAAUAAGGGAAGGGGAACCUGGAGAGAAAACUCAGUCAUCAACCAUUCCAGCAUUUUGGCCUCAGGAAAUAAUCUCUCAAACUGUUGGAUCUGUCAUCCCCUUGCACAAGAGGGGGUUUCUCAGCUCCGGUUUGUGCCUGUAGGUGAGGACAUUAAUCUCAUCCUGACUUCUGAACCCAUUAGGAGCACACCGCUUCUAAUAGUGGAACUUGAAGAUCAUGAUGAUAUUGGGUGUGUAGAGCUUACAGACCCUUGGAACCAAACCCGUCUCUGGAUCAAGCGGCCCCUUCUCUGCACAGGGCAAGGAAAACCCUGUUGCCCCUGCCAGACAGAUACCUGCCUUACUGAUACGGGAAGCUCACUCUCUAUUUAUCCUAUGUCAUUUUCCACUUCAAGCUCCUCAUGCACUCCUAACCAGACUCAUUGGUGUGUGGACCCAUCUCUGCUCUCGCCAGGGACCCAACCCAACAGCUCUUGUACGCACUGGAAGGGAACCGCAGCCCCUUCCUGGAGGCUCACCUAUGAGACCCCAUCUGCCUUCAGUGACGAGGAGGGAAUAGAGGAAAACUCAGAACUAGAUGGAGGACCACUAGACGGAGGGCCCCUGUCCCCCAGAUGCAAUAAUGCACCUAGCUGGGGUUCCCUUUUACGUCGAUGGUUUAAUUCCACUUCACCCCGCCAGGCUUGCACCCCCGCUGGACAUCUGUUCCUCUGUGGUCCACCGCAAAAUAAACUACCCUUCGAAGGGAACCCAAAUUCCUCCUUCUCCUGGCCUCUCCGAGCAAUGGCCUAUCCAUGCUUAGACAAUGUUCACUUCCGGGGAGAAUGCACUUUGGGACGACUGGGCCCUAAAGGACAAGGUGCCACCGUAUAUAAUAAUGCCACCUCUCAAAACAGACAUAGCUGGGCACUCAGACUAAUCCUGGCAGGAAUUGGGGCGGCCAUAGGAGUGGCUGCCCCUGGGGCGUUUUUCCCUAUCACAAAACAACCUUAAGAAACCUCACACAGGCCAUAGAGAACCUGGCCUCAAAAACUGGUGAUGGGAAUUCCCUAGUGGUUAGGACUCAGUGAUUUCAUUGCCGAGGGCACGGGUUCAAUCCCUGGUCACGGAACUAAGGUCCUGAAAACCUCACUCGGUGCACACCCCAAAAAAAAAUGGUGAUGCCUUUAAGGGGCCUCCAGGAGUCCCUAGAUUCCUUAGACGAUGUUGUGUUUGACAAUAGGUUAACCCUGGAUUAUCUUCUGGCUGAACAAGAGGGUGUCUAUGCAGUAAUUAACAAAACUUGCAGUACAUACAUCAACAACUUGGGGGAAGUUGAACUAAAUAUUCAGGAAAUUUAUGAACAAGCUAAAUGGUUACAUGGGUUCAGCUACCCCACUGCCCAAACUAUAUGGGACUCAGUUAAAGGUUACAUCCCUGGCAUUACUUGGUUCCUGCAUCUCCUGGGCCCUCUAGUGGCAGUAGUUCUUUUGUUAUUAUUCAGACCCUGCCUGUUUAAUCUUUUAGUUAGAUUUGUGUCUUCCAGACUUCAGCAGUUCCAAGUGAGGCUCAUGGUGGCCCAAGGAUUUCAACCCGUUCCAUUAGAAGGUGACCCGUGUCCCUGUAGGUCCUUGGAACAGUCAUCAAGGGACUUCUAUACCUCUAGGGUAGGCUAGGGUCUGUGGCCCCUGUUCAGCAGGAAGUAGCUCCAGAAGAAGAGACAUUUGGCUCCUUCACCCUUAAGAAUAAUGGGUGUAGGGCUUCCCUGGUGGCAUAGUGGUUAAGAAUCCGCCUGCCAACGCAGGGGACACAGGUUCGAGCCCUGGUCUGGGAAGAUCCCACAUGCCACGGAGCAACUAAGCCCGUGCACCACGACUACUGAGCCUGCGCGCUAGAGCCCGCAAGCCACAACUACUGAGCCCGCAAGCCACAACUACCGAAGCCUAUCUGCCUAGAGCCUGUGCUCCGCAACAAGACAAGCCACUGCAAUGAGAAGCCCGCACACCACAACAGAGAGUAGCCCCCACUCACUGCAACUAGAGAAAGCCUGCGCGCAGCAACGAAGACCCAACGCAGCCAAAAAUAAAUAAAUAAAAUAAGUAAAUUUUUAAAAAAAGAAUAAUGAGUAUAGAAUCCCUCAAGGGAGAAUGAGAUCGGCUGGGACCUAGGGUCAUCUACCAGGACACUUGCACCUGGACAGCGCCUCCUUGAACAACAGGAAGCUGGCAACCAUAAACGGACCAAGGGGUAAAGCUUCCUUAAGCAAUAGGAUGCUGAAGGCCGUGAAUCAACCACAAGUGAUUAAAAACAACCUCAUGCCUGUGCAGUAGGGGCGAUGUUGACCACUACACAACCUUCCUGGUGGCGGUAACGAGCAAGUCUGCCAUUUUGAGGUGCCAGCACAGAAAGUGGGAAACUGCACAUGAUCUCUGUAUAUGGCACUGCCAAGAAGGAUGGACAAACUGCCUAAGCCAUGCCCCCUGUCUGGCCUGCAGAUCCACCCCCACUGUCACCCCAUCAAAGGACCCAGGGAGCUCUUUGUGAAGGAGUGGGCAAGGACACCUGGUGCUUGCUUUCACUUCCUUAUGCUGCAGCACAAGCCCCCA